AUGCCGAGAAGGCACGCCGCUUCCGGCGAUGCCUCGCCAGCUUCGCAGGACACCAUCAACGUCGCCAUGCCGCGACAAACUCGACCCNCAACCCGUCUAAAACUAAUAGUUCGACCCAGAGAACCAGAUCCGGAACCGGAGGAAUCCCCUGCUCGACCCAAAAGGAAGGUCUCAAGACCCGCCAGGUACCUGGACAAUGUGUGCGAACCUCUGACCAAGAAGCGAAGAACGACCGCAGCUUCCAUCAUGUCUCUACAGACAUCGACUUCCCCUCUGCCAACUUCUGGAUCGCCUGCGNGAAACUCGUCAGACCCAAUUCUGCUGACCUCUUCGAAGCCUGUCGAUGAGAGCGACUACACUGAUCCUAGCGAGGUCCAACAUGCUAACUAUGAUGAUGACUUUUGGACCAACUUCGUCGAUGAUCCUCCUCGUUCUUCUCUGUCUGCACUCGACUCGGUCAUCGGCUCGGCAAAGUGUCAUGAGUUGCAGUCCGAUUUCCUACCAGAAUCAGAUGCCCUCCCAGAAGCUGCUGGAUUAGUGUACGAUACCUUCACCGAGCUAACCAGCGAGCCACCAACAAUUCCCAUCAAAGAGGUGCAAAAUCCAAUCAUCCUCUCGAGCUCUUUCCCCACGCUGGCACAAAAGCAGGACAGUCCCGAAGUCAUCAUCAGAAAGCUACAGGAUGCAUGUCAUGCUUUGGGAGGUUUGAACAUGCCGCCCAUUGUACCACAGCGUCAUAUAUCAUCAAGUACGACUGAACCCAAAGCCCGUUCAGAACAAGACACCGACCUUCCUGACAAAGAUACGGACGAACACGAUGGUGUCGACGCUUUGCUGGCCGCCGCUGCUGGAUGUGAUCAGGCUGAGGAUAAUCAAGAAAAGGACCUCAACGAAGCACAAUCUGGAGAGCCAGACGGGGAAGUUAGUCUUCUCAUAAACAAAGCUAUUGAAAUCCUCCGCCAUCACAUUUCCAGAAUUCGCGGACUUGCAGCAAUCCAGGCAAGUCAACCUGGCAAAGGGAAGCACCCCAGAUCCGACCACUGGAACACAGACACAGAGCAACUGGUUCUGUCUACACUGGAGCCUUUACUGUAUGGCGGCGCGACGAACAUCGGUUGUAUCAUUCCGAGCGAGCGUGCAAACCUGCUGUGGCAGUUGUAUCCGUGGCUUAUUCACUUCGUCACUGCUCCUCAUAUUGCUCUGUCUCGAACAAUCGGACUACUCCAGCAAGCCACCAACGGUGCGAAUGCUCAGCGACGUGUCCUAGCUCCUAAGAAGAAGCGUUCACUCAGUCAACCUCAGAAAGCAAGAGCAACGAAAGUUCCCGUCCCACACAAAUUCUUGUCUCGCCAGAAGAACCCGUGUUAG